AUGUUACAAACCAUGCUAAAUGUGAUACCAAGGGCGACUACAAAGUCAACUGCCCAUUUACUACGGCAUUCCGUAAGCACAUUCUCCACAAAAGCCACCCCCAAAAAUAAACCUAAGCUGAGAGAUUCAUUUGAGGAUUUAUUCAUUUACAAGACGCUAUCAUCAUCCAAAUCUCAAGAAAAUGAACUUAUCAAAUGUACAAUCUUCAACUCACAGGGACAAAUGACACAUCAUGGGAAAGAUGUACCAAAAUCAAAAUUUAUGAAACAAUAUAAUUUAGUUCCUCGUGAUUUCCGAAAGUUAUCAAAACAUACAUCUACGUCGGGAGUCAAAUCGCCUUCUUCAACCAUGCAUAAUAUCGAGCUUGUUCCCAGUUUAGUUACUAGAAAGAAUUGUAUCAUGUUGAACUUGCUAAAUAUUCGAGCUCUUAUCCAAAAGGAUCAAGUUACGAUAUUUGAUUCUUAUUCGUCAGCAUAUUCAAUCAAACAUGAAAGUCAUUCACAACUGCAACUACUAAAACUAAUGGAGAAUAAACUUCAAGAAAAUGUAUCAAAUCACCAAGAGAAGGAGUACUAUGAGUUUCGAGCAUUAGAAGCGAUCUUAAUCCACAUUAUAUCAAAUCUCACAACCGAAAUGAAGGUCCACAAGACAAUACUUACCAACGUACUAUCUGGACUUGAUGAAAGUAUAGAACGAUACAAGUUGAGGUAUUUACUCAUACAAUCAAAAAAACUAGCUCAAUUUCAACAAAAGGCAACAUUAAUACGAGACUUGCUUGAGGAUCUACUAGAGCGGGACGAUGAAUUAAACGAUAUGUAUUUAACUGACCCCAGAACCGGUACAAAUCACGCCGAGAUUGAAAUGUUAUUGGAAUCAUACUACAAGACAGCUGAUGAAAUUGUUCAAACAGUUGAAAAUUUACGAUCACAAAUUAAAACCACUGAAGAAAUAAUCAAUAUUGUUCUCGAUUCCAAUAGGAAUGAAUUGAUGCUUUUGGGGUUGAAAUUUUCAACGGGGUUAUUGUCUAUGGGGGUUGCAUUGUAUCUUGCUGCAUUAUAUGGAAUGAAUUUGGAAAAUUUUAUAGAAGAGUCAGAUGGUGGGUUUGAGUUUGUGGUAAUUGUAUCAAGUAUUGCUCUUGCUGUGUUGCUUUAUGUCUGUGUCAAGAAGAUCAAAAAAGUGGAAAAAGUAACCAUGAUGAAUUUUAAAGGUCAAAGAAGGUGA